CUCAGGAGCGCACAUCCGGGCGGGAGAAUGCGUCAUUAGAACUUCGUUUGAAUGUGUCGUCUCGUAAACUACAUUACUACGUUUCCUGGCGUGUUGUGUGUCGAGCAGCUUUAUUUGCCGUGUUUUCAGGUUUUCUAGUUUUCUAGUGUUCAGCCGAGCGCUCAGCGCGGAUGGAUCCGGCGGAGGAGGACGUGUCUGCUCGGGUGUUGCUGAGAAACGUGCUGCGCUCGCAGCCCUCGCGCUCCCCCCUCACCAGGAGCGUGUCCCGUGAGCAGGUUUUGGGUCUGCGGAGAACCCCCAGAGGAAAGAACAGCUCUGGCCUCCAGACACCACAGCUCACACUCCGACACAAACUCAAACAGAAGCUCCAUGAGACUGCCACCCAGUCACCACUCCCUCCCAGCAAAAGGCCCAGAUCUAUGGGCAGGAAGGGGAAGACUACGGCGGCAUCUUCUGCGCUGUGCGACACGGACGUCACACCUCGCCGCCUGCUCAGAGGCUUCAUCCAGACGGAGGCCGAGGCGUCUUUGCUGCUGUCUGGACAACCUGCACUGCCAAAGGCACACCUGCAACCUGCAGAAACAAGUAACCAUAGCAGCAGACAAAGUGAAGGGGGAAAUGGCUUCGAUUUGCCUGACUUGGCCACAGAGCCACUGAGUCAUGUGAUCAGGGGGAUGAGUCGUAGGAGGCCUGCGCCCACCUUCAGUGUAUCAGCCUUUGAGAAAGAACUGGACCAACAAUCAGGUGAAGGAGAGGAGAAUCAUGAGAACACAGAUGUGACCGAGAACCUUUCAGCUGGGACCAACAGUGUCCUGAGUCUUACCUUGAAGACCCCGUUUGUGAGUGAUUGCACUGAGAGGGCAGGUUUGCAGCGAAAGGCUGCCCAGAGGAAGAAGCCCUCUGUGCAUGAAUUUGACGAGGCUGUAGAGAAACAGCUGGAGAGGCAUCGCAGUGAAGAUUAUACAGUAGUGCAGGCCCGAGGAACUCCUGCCAAUCAGAGUAUCCAGGAGUUCACUCUUGGCUUGAGCAGUGUCGUCAUGAGCAACACGGAACUUUAUGGACAGCUGGCAAGCUCCGCUACUGAGCUGAGAGAGAAGGACGGGGCUUCAGAAAACAGGCGGGAGAAAAGUUUCGAGGCAGAGGCGAAGGGAGAUGAAGAAGUAGAUAAAGAAAAUCUAAACGUUCUAGAGGAUGAUAAACAGAGUGAGCAUGUGAGUGAAACAUCUAAAACUGAACCAGAGCCUCUGCAAGAGAUGGAAUACGCAGAACCAGCAUCUCAGUCACAGGAAGAGAAGGUGCCUUCAUCAGAAGAGAAGGAUGCAGCCACUCUGAGUCCUGAUGAGAGAGCGCUGGCUCCAACUCAGAUGAUGGCUGAGGAAAAGGAGAUGGAGCAGACAGAAGUGGAAGGCAUGGACUGGAGAGGAAGUGUGAACGAGGGCCUCGUAUAUCAACUAUCGGAUAUACAAAUCAUCUGGCGAGACUCCCACUCCGAAGGCGGAGGCAUCCUGCCUGGAGUAACAGCAAGUGGGAGUGGGAGGACGAGUACUGGGGCAGAACUGCAGAGUUUCACUGGCGUUAUUCCAGAGGAGUCCCUUGCAUCGAAGGACCCAAGUCCUAGCCCUCCUCCACUAUCUGUCUGCCCUUCACCUGGGACAUGCCACACCAUCUUAGCAGAAGUGGAUGAUGGGAAGGGUGUUGCUGAAAACAAUGUCAGCAAAUUAGAGAUUAUUGAUGGAGAUGUCAACCAGUCAGAAGACGAGAUGGUGCCAUCUCCCAACCACCUUAGCCCUGCCCCGCACUUUCCAGCGGUUCAGGAAGAGCAGGAGGAUGAGGAAGAUGCACAAAGUGAAGAGCUCUCCAUGCAAACCCCUGCUUUCAUCAGACAAAGAAAAGAGGUGGCAAGUCCCAGUGCAGUGGCUUCACCGAUUGCAUUCAGAACUCUCCCUGGACCUGCCGGUGGGGUGGUGAAGCCCCGCCCCAGACAGAAGCGUCAGACCGAGUCUGAUAAUGUUCUCCCAAAGAGUUACGUUAUGAGCGUUUUUAAACACUUUGCCAAAACCAGGGUGGCCAGUGACGUUUACCCAGUCAUCAAUGACAUACACAUCAGACUCCAGAAGUACUUCAGUCGUCUAGCUGAUGAUUUGGAGGUUUAUUCUGCACAUGCCAAGAGGAAAACCAUUGAAGUUGAGGAUGUUGAGCUCCUAAUGAAGAGGCAGGGUUUCGUGACUGACAGAACCCCACUCACUGUGCUGAUUGAGAAGUUUUUGCCACUUGAGUACAGGAAGCUUCUCAUCCCCGUAGCAACCAGUGGAAAUAAAGUCAUCCCCAGUCAAAAGAGAUAAUUUAAAAACAAACAAAAAAAAAAAACACCACUUCUCUUCCAUAUUUCUUUAGAACAUGUUUUCCCUAAAUAUAAACUUUUUUUUUUUUAUUUUGAAUGGUGUAUUUUUAUUAAGAUAUUUCUUACCUUGGAUUCACUAACGUUACAAAUAGACUGGAGGUGUCACAGUUUUACUUUUCUGAUCAGGUCUGAUGUUAUAUAAUCUUCCCAAUAAACUUGAAGUAUAUUGUUGGUAA